AUGCCUGAAAUUAUUGCAAUUUUCUUCGUUGUAGCAAUUGCAGAGGUUUACAAGAAUGAGGGUAACAACGAAUACAGGAAGAAGAAUUUCAACAGCGCCAUUCACUUCUACACGGAAGGAAUCGAAGUGAACUGCAAAGAUGAAGAUCUUAACGCCAAACUGUACAGUAACAGAGCGGCAGCACAUUUUAACUUUGGUAAGAAGUUGCUAUAAUUGGUUGACUGCAAUAUCGUAUCUUUUCUCAAUUGAAAGUGACGUAACUUCUCAAGGAUUUCAGCAGUUCGGGCGUCUCGACUGAUGGUGCCCUCACUCGGUCCCAUACCUUCAUAGGCUGUUACAUUUUUGAAUUUUUUUCCUAGGGAAUUACGCUGAAACAGUGAAAGAUGCAACAAUUGCCGCCAAAUUACAGCCAUCUUUUUUGAAAGCUUUUGUACACGGUAAGAUUAAACGUUAA